AGAUAUGAAAAGCGGUAAAAAAUGCAGGUGAUGGUUAAGAGAUUCAAAAUGAUCCGGGGAAAUUAUCUGAACGACCUAGAAUUCUGAAGUUGCCAAGUGAGAGUCUACCAUUGACUCUAAGAUAUUGCCUAUUGUAUUUUUGGCGGAAAGUUCGUUCUGUGUUCAAGGUGUGUGUAGAAAUAUCUCUAUAAAAGCCACUGUUCCUUUGAUAUUUUAUUCUUGCGUCCAGUCAAGCCAUAAUCAAGCCAAAUCUUAUAUGCUCUUAGGACUUUAAGCCGUCUGACAAAUAAGUAAUUGUUCCUACAAUGGAUCUCGUCAAAGCAGAAAUAGCGAGGCAACGUGAGAAGCUAGUUAGCAGCGGAUUGGUAUGUAUAGAAAUCCUGGUUUUCGUUGUAAUUUAGAUGAAGUGUGAUAAAAAGUUCUUUAAGCGUUCACUAUUAAAACAAAAAGAAGAAGAGGAAUAUUUCAGCAAAUCUAAACGCAUUAAAGAACAAGCGAAUAACAAUGAGGACUAUAAUUUUAGAAUUAAAACAGAAGAGGAGGAUCUGUUGUUGAAAAAGUUCGAAGAAAGAAGUCGGGAAGAAAGAGAAAAAGGGAAGCUUAUGCCUCGUAAAGAAGUUAUUCGUCUUCUAAGGGAACGUAAUCAACCCAUACGAUUAUUCGGUGAAAGUGACUAUGACACUUUCCAACGGUUGAAAAGGGUUCAACUUUUAGAACCUGAAUCAAAAGGAUUACGCAAUGAUCUAAUUGCAGCACUAGAUAAGUUAGAUGAUGCUGAGGAUGAAGAGUUUUAUACCUCAGGUCGUGGAAAAUCAGCUUCUGAAUCUCAGUCCGUUGAUAGCUCAUCAACCUCUACCCUGGAUGUAAAAACAAAAGAAAAUGUAUUAACAGAAGACGAACUUGAGAAGAUAAAGAUAGAUUUAGCCCGUUAUGUCACAAUGAAAGAGGGUACUGCUACUGAUGACGCAACGACUGCGGUUGUUACUAUUAGUAAACUUGCCCCAGAUAUUGUAUGUACCAAUGAUUUUGACGAGGGGUUUCAUGAUCAAGUGAUCGAUCACACCCUUCGCUAUUUGAAGUUCCUCUUGUCAAAAUGGGGUCAUGCUUUGAAUACUAGAACUAAAGAAGAAAAACUAUCUUAUUCUGGAAAAAUGGCUAGUGCAACAUAUACCCAAACAGUAGAGUAUAUUAAACCACUUCUUCGUACACUUCAGAAUAAUCGUUGCAAAGAUGAUAUUUUGAAUUCCUUGGUUAAAAUCAUGGUUUUGAUGAUUGAUCGGAACUACCUAAAGGCCAAUGAUGCUUAUUUAGAAUUAGCAAUUGGUAAUGCUCCUUGGCCGUUAGGUGUGACGAAUCAUGGUAUUCACUCACGUACUGCGCAAGAAAAAAUCUAUGCCAAAAACGUAGCACACGUUCUGAACGAUGAAACACAACGUAAAUAUAUUCAAGCUAUAAAAAGACUAAUGACACAAUGCCAAAAGUUUUUCCCAUCAGACCCUUCAAAAUCUGUAAAUUACAUGGGCACUGUGGGGUAAUUUUUUAUAUUUCAAGUUCCACUCUUUCAUUCAAAACACAUUAGUGUAAAUAAACUGAUUUUUCAUUUAGUAAAGUUGUUUACUGCAUGUAAAUAUUACUGGUAUAAAUUUUGGAGAAAUCUUAAUAUUCCUGUUCAGACUACGUCACGUAGUUCUAUAACAGCUUUGAUUACUUGAAAGUCUUUCAUAUUAUGGUGAUAUAUAUUGUUGAUUGAUAAGGAGACAGUUGUUAUAAAUCUGGAAGCUUGAUAUGAUUAUCCACCUAUUUUCUCAAACUCCAUUAUGAAGAGUUCGAAACAUUAUAACUAGAAAAAGCAUUGUGUAGUGAAAUUUAGAACCAAUAGUAUCCCGAGUAAUUAGUCCAUUUUAUUUUCAUUCUGGGCAUUUGCAAGAUAAAAAUAUAUUUAACUUCUAUUGCUGUGGUCAAUCCACCACCACCGUCACUAAUUUCUCUGAUAAAGAUACCAGAGUUUUGUUUUACAAAUACAUUAAAAGAGUAAUCCAGGUAUGUAAACAGAAAAAAUGUUUCAUUAACUGAUCAUUUUUCUAACUGAACGCUAGAUUCGGUUCCUAAGCUCUUCUAGCGACCCCCAGGUUAAUUCUGCACAGCGACUUGAUCACGAGAGAAAAGGCGCGAAAUAUGGAAGAAACACUUUGCUCCAAAGGUUUGUUUAUGUACAGAAAAUCUAAAGUAUUUGCAGUAUUUUAUAUGGCCUUGGGCUUCCGGAAGUUUCUGGAACGCUAAUAAACAUAGUAGCAGUAUAGGUAAUUAUCCUCAACAAUAAGAACGGCCUAUGACGAGCUAGAACAGAAUUUUUAUGGAGCAAGAACAGGAAAAAGAUCUUGACACAUACUACUGGGAACAUUCAUACAAUCGUUGUAAUGAGUAUUAUUGAAGUGACUGCUGUAACCACUUUCAGUAGACUCCAAAAAUAACAAGAUGGCAGUUAACUGAACAUUGAACUUGGUUAUUGUUGAGGAGAUCCAGAAAAGUCCUCGAGAAAAACCAGGAAAGGCACUGAAAACACUAAGAAGCAUCUUAUCCAAUCAGGGUUCAAUAAAAGUUUUGCCGGAAAUGUCUAGAACGUAGAAAGUCACAUAGUGCGUUUCUGGCUGUUACUAUGUUUGUUAGCGUUCCAGAAACUUCCGGAAGCCCAAGGCCAUAUAAAAUACUACAAAUACCUUAGGUUUUCUGUACAUAAACAAACCUUUGGAGCAAAGUGUUUCUUCCAUAUUUCGCGCCUUUUCUCUCGUGAUCAAGUCGCUGUGCAGAAUUACCCUGGGGGUUACUAGAAGAGCUUAGGGACUGAAUCUAGAGUCCAAUUUGAAGUUUUAUCUUUUAUUUCGAACUAGAAAUCUAUCUUUUGAUUAGGCAGUCUAUGUUGAUCUCAUGUCCAGUUUUCAUACUAAAUUUAAAGAAUAUGCGCACAAAUCUCUUACAUUUUACGUUGCUUUAACCAAACGUAAUUUUAAUUUAAUUACUUACGCC